UCAGUAGCUCUGACACAUGAACGAUCGAAGUUUGUGCUUGGUCAGGUCGCGAGGGGACAUUUAUUGUCGACACAAAGGGGAUUACCUCACCUGUGUCAGCUGUGCUUGUCAGUGUGUGAGUAUGUCAUUUCAUCAUGGUGUUUCAAUAUUCAUAUUCUGUCGCCGUCAACUGAAUGAACUGAACACGUAAUAGGAUUUCGCUAGACUGUAUAUUUCCCAUUAUAAAAAACGACACACUAUUAACUGUGAAUGGAGUUGAAAGGUACAUUUGGUGGUCUCAGCUCAAGGCUUGGAUGUACACACCCAGUUUAUGUUGGUGACCCUUUGAACAUCAAACUCGAAAAUCAUGUUGGUUUUGAUAGAGGUCGAGGUGUUUUUGUUGGACUGUCUGAGCACUGGAUGCAGCUACUCAAAGCUUCUGCUUUUUCACAGAAAGAAAUAGAAGAUGACCCGGAAGCUGUAUUGAGCUCUUUGAGGAUCCAUGACAAGCUCCAGAGAGAAACUGACAAGUUUAUGUUGAGGGCGUCUACAGUUGUAGAAGAAGAUGAGGUGGACAAUGUUGAGGAAGAGGCCGUUGAAGAGGCAGAUGGUGGACAUUUAGCAGAUGACAGAGAUGAACCUGAUUUCAAUUAUAGAUCUCGCCCCAGAUUCCAUCAGAGGAGAACAAUGACAGAUGCAGAUAUCAAUGCAGAGUUAAAGAAAAGAUCCAACCCUGAAGAUCCCCGUGGCAUUUACGACAUUCAGAAACAAUUAGGCAAAGGAGCUUCUGGAACGGUUCACAUGGCUGUGAACAAACGGACACGUCAGGUGGUGGCUAUCAAAAUGAUGGACCUGAAUCACCAGCCCAAGAAAGAGUUGAUUGUUGCAGAGAUUGAUAUCCUCAAACAGAACCGUCACGAAAACAUUGUGAACUUUGUGGACUGUUAUUUCCUUGGACAUGAACUUUGGGUGGUCAUGGAGUAUUUGGACGGUGGUUCAAUGACAGAUCUAGUGACAUUCAUAGUGAUGACAGAAGACCAGAUGGCAGCCGUCUGUCGAGAAUGUCUCAGGGCCAUCGAGUUUCUCCACAGUCAGAAAAUCAUCCACCGUGACAUCAAGAGUGACAACGUACUGUUGGGCACCAAUGGUAUGGUCAAGCUGACCGACUUUGGGUUCUGUGCCAGACUCACAGCAGAAGCAAGUCAAAGAACAACACAGUUAGGCACACUGUGCUGGAUGGCGCCUGAAGUUGUUAAAAGUAUACCUUACGGCAACAAAAUUGAUAUUUGGAGUUUCGGCAUAAUGGUCAUUGAAAUGAUCGAUGGUGCUCCUCCGUAUAUGAAUGAAAACCAAUAUAGAAUUUAUUAUCAAAUUGCAAACAAGGGCAAACCAGACAUUAAAAAUGCGCACAAACUUUCGCCAGAGUUGAAGGACUUCACAGAUAAAUGCCUCCAAGUGGAGGUGGACAAGAGAGCCAGUGCUGUCCAGCUUUUGGGUCACCCUUUCUUAAGAAAGGCAAUGUCUUUGAAAUUUUUAGGCGAGGCUUUAACAGAAGCUCGGAAACAAAAAGAAAAAAUAAUGCGUCAUUGAGAAAUCUAGUUCAACAUGCGAUGCAAAACAAACAGUUCCAAUUGUCUCUAGAAAUCUUACUAGGCAGCGUUCAAAAAUAGCCUUCACCAUAUAAAUAAAAAAAAAAACCACCAGACAUUUAAUGAUUGAUAUGUAUGGAGUAGAUGCUAAAACUAAAUAAAUAUUUAGAUAUAGAGACAUGAAUGUUGAAUACAUGAUACCCGCUACUAAUUGGUAUGGACUGAAUGAUCUGAUUAGAAACAAAAAUGCUAUUAAAGAUAAUUGUUUAGGCUGAUCUCUUGACUACUAUAUUCCAAUCAAUGCUUUGUAAACCAAAUUAUUUAUCAUUAAGUUCAAUGAUGAAUGUGUAUUGUCCAUCCUAAUGUCAUAUGGCAUCAUGAUUUAAAUGCUUGGCUUACAUGGCAUUAAAUAAUGUUGAUGUAUUGUGUUAAUGAUUCUAUUGAACAAUGAAAUAAAAAUAAAACAGUAAUUUCCUCAAA